AUGCAUCUCAUGUACACUGAAGACCAUGCCACUGGCAAGAGAGUAUAUACCUUGAAAAAAGUCCUCGAUGGCGUUGUCACCAAAUCCGCACAUCCUGCAAGAUUUUCACCCGAUGAUAAGUACUCGAGGCACCGGGUCACGCUGAAAAAGCGCUACGGUCUUCUCCUCACUCAACAAAGUAUGUGCAGCGAAAUCCAUUUU